ACUUGUUCUUAUUUUACCCAAACUUCCGUUCCUUUCAACCUCUUUGCUUCAUCCGUCAUGGCAGAUACAAAGAAGAAGGAACCUGCUGCCGCUCCAAAACCAGCCGACCCUGCCAAGAAAGCUGCAGGUGCUGGUAAAAAGAAAAGCCUGAGCAAAAAACUUCCAGCAGUACCUGAGUCUGUGCUCAAGAGACGAAAGAAGAGAGAUGCGAAGCGAGCAGCUAAACUCAAAGUCUCACUCAAGAAACGAGCAGAACAGUUCAAGAAGAGGAAGGAGAUUUUCAAGCGUGCUGAACAGUAUGUGAAGGAAUACCGAUGCAAGGAACGUGAUGAAAUCAGACUUGCUCGUCAAGCUAAGCACAAGGGAAAUUACUACAUCCCUGGAGAAGCUAGGCUGGCUUUCGUCAUUCGUAUUCGGGGUGUGAACCAGGUUGCCCCCAAGGUACGAAAGGUGCUCCAGCUCUUCAGGUUAAAGCAGAUUAACAAUGGAGUUUUUGUUAAACUGAACAAGGCUACUAUCAACAUGCUGAGAAUCUGUGAGCCGUACAUUACUUGGGGUUACCCCAACUUGAAGAGUGUGCGAGACCUCAUCUACAAGCGAGGCUUUGCUAAGAUCAAGCUCCAGCGCAUUCCCAUCACCUCAAACAGCAUCAUUGAGAAGAAACUUGCCAAGUCUAAUGUCAUCUGCGUUGAGGACCUGAUCCAUGAGAUCUACACUGUCGGACCCAACUUCAAGUACGCCUCCAACUUCCUGUGGCCGUUCAAGCUGAAUACCCCCACUGGUGGAUGGCGUAAGAAGACCACUCACUACGUCGAAGGUGGUGACUUUGGCUGCAGGGAAGCGAAAAUCAACCACCUGCUUAGGAAAAUGAUUUAGGGCCCUGUAAUAAACCACUUUUUACGUUA